AUGACGUUUGUAAUUUACGGGCAGAAUAUCGUGGAUCUCAAAACUUACGAUUCCAUGUUGAUCACGAACGAAGUGGUACAGAAACAAGCGGUGCAUGAGCCCAUGGUGUCACAGAAAUUGCACCGACUACGCAGGACCUACGACAACAAAGAAGAUCAGCUGACGCAAGAGUUGGACAGCGACAAUAACAGUUCUCCUGUAGACUCAAAAGACGUUGUAAGGCAGCAUACUUCGAACGAGCACGAGGAUUCUAAACAGUCGAACGAGGUCCAAAGUUCUGAACAGUCGAACGAGGUCCAGGACUCUCAGCAGACCAACGAGGUGCCGGACUCUGAACAGUCUAACAAUGACAACGAGAAAAUUUCCCGAGAGCUCUCGGACCCCGAUUCCUACGAAUCCGAAGAAACCGAAGGGUCCCACGAGUCCGGAGAGAACACCGACGAUGACAAAGAGGACAGAGAGAAAAGCGAUACAGACGAUACAGUUAGUCCAUCCCCAUCAGAAAAGACGUAAUUUCAAUACAUAAUCCGCUAUUAAUCGUUGCCUACAUAUAUCAUAAUAUUAUAUUAUGGCACACAUUUUUUGGACGGUCAUCCUGACCUAAGUUAAUGUAACCAUAAUGAUAAUAAAUUCUUCACCCUUAUAGUAUUCAUAAUUUUAUUUAUAAAUCCAUCAAUUGUAUAUCAAUAUAAUUUAAUUCUUUGUGACUUUUUUAUUCUAAUACAUUAUAUUAUAUUAUGCAUUCCGAUUAAAUGACUCGUAGCCUACUAGCCUAUAUUAAAAUAAACAAUACUACCUAUAUUAUUGACAGGAUUCUUUUAUAGCUAAUAUAUUUUCCCGAUUUUACUGUAUAGAAAAUAUUUAUUAAAUAACCGAGCGAAAAUCUGCUGUUGCUUCUUUUUUUAUCAAACCGCUAUU